AUGGUGUAUUCCCCAUGGUUUAUAACUCAAGGAAUAUGGCUUAAGGCUCAUAGAUUAUGGCUUAUAGCUCAAGCCCACGACGUCUCGACUGCUGGGCUUUCGCUCUCAACAGAGCCUCUUAAACCAAGGUUGAAUUCAUUAUACAAUUGUGUGUUUGGAGGGAAGGUGGCGCAUGUAAGCGAAUCGAUAUGUCAAUCCCAAGUCUAUCUAUGCUCUGCAAUUAGACAAAGUAGUACGUAUCUCUCCCUCCCUCACACAACCAACACCGGUAAAUCUAUAUAGCUUCACACGCUUCCGAGGAGCCAACUUCUCAUUCACGAUCUCCCGUUUUCUACUUCAACAUCACAUGUAUAAGCUCUUUUAGGUAUGUUUCUCUCCUAUCUCAGACAACCAUCACCGGUAAAUUGAAAACCCUAAAUGUUCUGGUUAUGGAAUCUGCCAAAUCAACCUCAAAGUCUAUAGUUUUCUUCACAUAAGUUUUUCCCCCUUUGUCGCAAAACCAACACUGGUAAAUUUGGAGUCUGGAGGCUAUGGAUGAUUUGGAGUAUUUACUUAAUGAUUUUAUGGUUUCAUGACUGUUUGAGACAAACAUUCCAUAUAACAGGUUUUUUCCAUCAAUCUUGAUUCAAAAGUCUUUAAAAAAAUUGUUUCUGAUAUGUUGCUGUGAGAUUUUUAGGAAUUAGGGAAGGAGGAACUUCCCCCUCUUGACUUGUGUUUCUGUAACUGAUAUAAAAAGGCUAAGUGCUUCAACUAUAACAUUUUAAUUUGUGUAUAGUUAAAGAAAAAAAGUAUAGUUUUAAUAAAAUAUGUUGUGUGUACAAACUCAAAACUUGGUGGGGAGGCUAUUGAUUUUAUGUAUACAAUUGCAACGAGGAAAAUUAUGGAGUUUCUUGGUAUGGACUAAUGAAGGGUAUGAUGGUAAAUUGUUGUUUUAGCCAUUUCUUCAACAAAUAUUAUCACAUGUGGGUUGAUCUGUUUCUUAUCUCUAACUAAAUUGCAGAAGUGAAGUGUCAUUUAUACAAAUUUUGUGUUAAAAUGUUGGUUCAUUUUGUUGUGUUUUGAAUUAAAUUAAAACAUGAAAUGGUUUAUCUUCUUACAUCAAGAUUCCUGGUAGCCUAUUGGUUUUGAUCCAUGCUUGUGAAUGCCAAAUAUGGGUGAGUUGUCUAUUGUUUGUUGUAUUGGAGUCCGUUAUAUGUUUUUGAUAGUAUGACAAAUUGUUUUUGAGAGCUUGAAAGCAUGGAAUAGUUCAGUGAAAGCAAUCAAAUGUGAAAUUAAAAUAGACGAUGUUCAAAAAGUUAUGAAUGAUACAGGAGAAGCAAAAGUAUACCAAAAUUUCAUAUGGAGUUGGAGUUCCACUUGUGUUGAAUGAAAGAAACUAUGUUGCUCAAUACUAUUAGCCCUUUAUCUAUUUGCCAUUCAAGGUUUACAUAGACUCAUCAACACCUCUCAUAACCUCAAGGUGAUGGUUGCACGAAAGAGAGGUGAGAGAACACAAGUGUCACUAUAUGUAUAUGGUCACACUUUUUUGGUGUGACCAUAGCCCAUUUUUGUACUAGUGGCACUAAAUGAUAGAGUGUUCAUUUGUUUCUGCAAAAGUUUUUAUUUUAAAUUAGG